AUGACUUCUCGGUGCUUUAUUCCUCUGGAACCUCCUUCCCGCGUGGAAACUCACCCUGAGUCCAGCAGCGUGGCCCGUCCGUCCUCAGAUACAAUCCAUCAACUCAUCUCAGGUACAAAUAAGCUUGACCUGUCUACGGCGGCAUCGAAUAAGGGCAGCAAAGAAGACAGAUUCGCUCACGACGGCGACACCAACAUGCAUAAUCCUUUUUGGCCGCCAGGCCAUGGACCGGCAUACCCAGCCCCUGAGCUCAUCGCAGCCAGCACCGGAUACGGAUACGGAUUUAAUCAGCUCCCAAGCUUUACCCAGCCAGCCAUCCAGUAUCAGGACCAUGGAAAUACAAACGGCAUUCUCGACUUCGACCAUGGGAACAAUGUCGAGUGCAACUUUCAGGAGUCGUACUACGGCAACGAUUACAUAUGGCCCGAGGGGGGCCACUACGGCAGCGAAAUUGAGUUUCCAGAGGAGUACUACAGCAGCAACAGCAGUGACGAGGACGGUUACGGUGGAAACUGCUAUCACGACGAGUCGGACCACGAGUAUCAGGCGGACGACGAAGACGAAGGGCCGGGACAGGAAGAGGAUUCGGACGACUAUGAUCCCGAUUUUGAUCCCAGCCCGGGCCAAUUCCACGAUGCUUCAGAGUUCACCCCUGACUCAAAUCAUGCACCAUAUUCCGAUUUUGAACCCAGCCAGCAGUAUGAUGCCUCAGACUUCUACCGUUCCUUCAUGUUGCCCGGCAUGUACUUCAACUUGAACUCCCAUGACAACAACUCUGGAGCAACCACCCCCACUAUGUCAGCCGACGCGGCCCGUGAGCUUCGAGCCUGGUUCGAAAUCCCAACCCCAGACGCCAGCUCAGACGAGACAGAGCGCAGCCAAGCCGAGGACUACAAUCCCAAUUCGGACUACGGCCAACAAUUCUACCAUGUUCCAGCCUCCUACCCGUCCGUGCCAGUCCCGCCCUUCUACUACAACUCCGCCUACAACAAUGCACCAACCAUCAACAACCACCGCCCUACAGGCCCCAUGAUGAUGAUGACAAUGACCCCCGAAGCCGAAGCCGACCUCCGCGCCUGGUUCGACAUGCCCGAAGCCGACUACGUCACCACCGAGUCUGACCAUGACCACGGCGACGACGCCUCCUCAUAGGAUGGGGACGCCGACUCUGACUCUGACUCCGACUCUGGAUCAUUAUCAUCGACGGCAGACAGCGAAAUUCUUGGCUUGCAAUCCCCCGCGUUCGACGAGGUCUUGGCCGAGGAUUGAGCAGCUCCUGAGUCGGCUUGAGGACU